UCAUCAAAAUUUUGUUCUCUUCUUUCCAAUACCCUUUUUUAUAAUCUUUCUUCUUCUUCUUCUUUUUAUUUUUCUUCUUAUUAUUCUUGACUCGAAAUGUUGACCAACCGAGUUUCCAUUACAGCCUUCGUUUUGACUCAGUUUCUCUCACUUUCUUUCUCUUCUGACAUUACCGUUUUGCUGAGUUUCAAAGCCUUAUCGGACCGUUCCAACUCGCUUUCCUCCUGGGUUAACUCGUCCAACCCUUGCUCCGACCACUGGCUCGGCGUCACAUGCGACCCCGAGUCCGGCCGAGUCACCCGACUCGUCCUGGAGAAUCUCAACCUCACCGGGUCAUCAACUCGGCCACUCAGUCAGCUCUCCGAGCUGAGACUCCUAAGCCUCAAGCAAAACCUUCUCACCUCUUCUUCAACUCUCGACCUCUCCUCAUGGCCAAACCUCAAGCUUCUUUACCUCUGCCACAACCGUUUCUCCGGAGAAUUCCCCGCCGGAAUAUCGACCCUCCGCCGCCUUCGUCGUAUCGACCUCUCCCACAACGAAUUCUCCGGAAAGAUUCCGCUAAACGAGCUGGCUAAACUGCCUCACUUGCUGACUCUCCGACUCGAGUCGAACUCGUUCGACUCAGAACUCAACACCGCCGUGGAUCCUUACUCUUGCACCAUCUCCGACUUCAACGUUUCGAACAACAAUCUCUCCGGCGAGAUACCCUCGUGGCUAUCCCGGUUCCCGGCUUCGUCUUUCGCCGGAAACAACCUCCUCUGCGGCGACCCUUUAUCUCACUCUUGCCCGAAUAAUAAUUCAACGGACCAUAACCAAUCUCAGAGCUCCGACGAAAAAGACAAGGUGGUACUGGUCACGAUCCUCACCAUUGUUUCGGUGGCGGUCUUGGCCUUAGCAGCAUUAUUAACAGUCAGGUGGUGCAAGAAGAAGAAGGUCACGUGGCGGUCACGUGAGUCCUCCUCCUCCUCCUCCGACGGCGGUGGUGGUGGUCCGAUGGUGGUGGCGUUUGAAGGGUGUAGUAAGGAUAUUAAGGGAGUGGAAGACUUGUUGGGAGCCUCGGCGGAGAUGAUGGGGAAGGGGAGUGUGGGGACCACUUACAAGGUGGCGGUGAACGGCGGAGGUACGGCGGCGGUGAAGAAGGUGAGGAAGGGUGGCAGUGGGUUUGGGAAAGAGGUGGAUUGGUGGUUGAGAGAAGUGUUGGGAAAGUUGAGGCACACCAAUGUGGUUAGUCUUAGAGCUUAUCAUCGUUCACAUGAUGAAGAGUUGCUUCUCUUGGUUUAUGAUUUUCUUCCCAAUGGCAUCCUUCAUUCUCUCCUUCAUGGCAACAGAGGACCAGGAAGAACCCCAUUAGAUUGGCCUACAAGGCUAAGAAUAGCCUCAGAUUCAGCAAGAGGCCUUGCUUUUCUUCAUAACACCACCACCACCACCAACAACAACAACAAAGCCAUCAAGCUCUUUCAUGGACACUUCACAUCAUCAAACAUCAUACUCGACCACUCCGGCAAUGCCUGCAUCUCAGACACCAGCCUCCACCAACUCUUGCGCCUGCCGCCGCCCCACAACGCCUACACCGCGCCCGAGCUCACCGCCACCACCAGUCCUGGAAAGUACACCCAAAAGUGCGAUGUUUAUAGCUUUGGAGUGGUUCUGAUGGAGAUUUUGACAGGAAAAAUGGUGGAAGAAGAAGAAGAAGAGGGAGAGGAUUUUGUUAUAUUUAUUCAGAACAUUACUAACAUGGAUGUUAUGGAAGUUUUGGACUAUGAGUUGCUGGUGUAUAAAGAUGUUAUGGAAGAGGAAAUCAUGGCUCUUAUGGAGGUUGCUAUGCUUUGUUUGGCUCCUUUGCAGAAAGAUCGACCUGAGAUGAGUUUGGUGUAUAGGAUGAUUGAAGAUAUAAGGAAAAAGGGUGUUGGAGAUGAACAAGAAACGACAUCUAUUAUGGAUGAACUUGUCACACUAUGAUCUGAUAUGAAUCCAAAAUUGAUGAUGAUGAUGAUGAUGAUUGGCUAAUGAAAACGACAUGAAUGGCUUGGUUUGGUGGUCCAGGCUAUUUGAGAGGACACUAUAAUAUAGAUUCAUUGAUCUCUGUUGUUUAUGUUAUAUGGAGGAGUUUUUUUAGAGAAUUUUUACUCUGGAUAAUAUAGUAGAUUUCAUCAGUUAAAACUAGGACCAUUGAUUUGUUUAUUAAAUUAUUCUUUCUGUGUUACUGAAUUUAUAUACAUAUACACUUUUUUUCUGAA